AUGAGUCUCUUACUGAAGGACGUGCAGAAGGGCAAUCUAGCUUACAACAAGAUUCGAGAUCUUAUUCUAGGCAUGAUCGACCCUCUAGCUUUCAUCGUUAUCGAUCAACAAACGCGAGACUGUGGACAUGGAUCGGCCAAUAAGGAUGUAUCCAUGUUCCUUCGGUGGUUACGCCCUCAAAUGGAGGAGUUUAUGAAGUACGAGACACAUUCUCGCAGCCCAGCAGGGAGUCAGUAA